UUUGCAGAUAGGUGGGAAAGAAAUAUUUAAGUGAAUUUUCUGGUGGAAAUCAUGUCUGGAUACCCCUACUCUGGCCAGGAUGGCUUUUACUCAACUGGUGAUCAACAGUUCUCCUAUGACAUAGGCUCUGGGUUUGGGCAAGAGCAAUCAUUCCAGACCUUUGAUUAUGGUCAGCAGGCCUCAUAUGGACAAAGUACAUACAUGACUCCUCAGCAGCCUGGAUUUGGCCCAGGAGCUCCAUUCAGCACAGCCAAGUUUGGAGAGAAUGAGACUGAGGAUGAGCCUCCUCUUCUUGAAGAAUUGGGUAUCAAUCCAGAACACAUCAUCCAGAAGGUGAGUUAG